CGGAUUUGACCACCAAGUUCUCGAAGCCCACCGAUGUUCCUGCGGUCGUCGAGCGCAAUCCUUGGCGCCGGUCGCCGCCGCGGCGCCUCGGCGCGUGUCUUCUUCUCGUCGUCGACGCCACCUACGAUGUUCCAGCACGACGACGAGAAGGGUAGUGGCGGCUUUCCAGGCGUGUUUCCCGCAGCAAAGAAGUCGCUGCUCCAGGACAUUGUCGACCGCCUCAACCACUCGAUGGAGCACCACCCGCAGACCACGAUGGCCUUUGUCAUCUCGGCCGACAUGGCCAGCAUCUUUGGCACCUAUGGCUUGCUCCAGCUCUCGGGCGUGGUCAUUUCGCCCGAGUUUGCACUUGCAUUUGCAGCCAGCCGUCCACUGCGCCGCCUGCGCAUGCCAUUCGACCUCGCCAUGGCCGCCAUGCUCGCUAAGAUCUUCCCGCCCCUCUCGCGCGUCCGCGUCUCGAGCAUGUUUCCCACUGUGCCAGGCGACCAGUCGUCGCUGCUGCAUAAAGGCAUGUCGACGAUGACCGACAUUAUGGACAAGUACGGCGCGUGCUACAUGAUUGGAUCCCGCCUCGCUGGUCUCACGGUCGUCAACUCGCUCUACUUUGCGCUCAUCCAGGGCGUCGACAUUCUGCCCUACUUGGAGCAGUUUGGCUUUGGCGAGCUCGGCUCGGCCAUGGGCACGUGGGCCGCCAGCGUCGUCAUGGCCUCGGUCUUCUACCCAGUCACGCUCAGCGUCACGGGCUACGUGGUACCAACGAUUGCGCGGUCGGUCGCGCGCGCCAAGGCCAGUGCGAUGAAGAAAAAGUAAACAAAAUGUUCUCAAGGUAUUGGCAUAAGAGUCUCUCAUCUAUCCGAAUCAACGCUUCUAGUUCGUACGCGUAAUAGAGAGUCGUUGUUUAGUCGUUUACAGCUUUUGCACGAG